CUCAGCGCCUGUCUGACUUCCGCGGAGCCUGUCGGGAAGAGAGCAGCGUGCGCGCGGGCGGAGGAUUCACGGCGCGAGAAGCGGGGCUGUCGGAGCCUCGCCUCUUCUCUCCUGAGGGAGGCCGAGGCCGGACGCCUUUGCCGCCGCUUCAGAGCCGCCAUGGCGGGAGGAGGCAGUGCCGGCGAGUGGUGCCUCAUGGAGAGCGACCCGGGCGUCUUCACGGAGCUCAUCAAAGGGUUCGGUUGCAGAGGUGCUCAGGUUGAGGAAAUAUGGAGUUUGGAGCCGGAGAACUUUGAAAAAUUGAAGCCUGUUCAUGGACUGAUUUUUCUGUUCAAAUGGCAACCAGGAGAAGAACCAGCUGGCUCUGUUGUUCAGGAUUCCAGAUUAGAUACAAUAUUUUUUGCUAAACAGGUGAUAAACAAUGCUUGUGCAACUCAAGCCAUAGUAAGUGUACUACUAAACUGUACUCAUCAAGAUGUCCAUUUAGGAGAAACACUCUCAGAAUUCAGAGAAUUCUCUCAAAGCUUUGAUGCAGCGAUGAAGGGUCUAGCAUUAAGUAACUCAGAAGUGAUUCGACAAGUUCACAACAGUUUUGCCAGACAGCAAAUGUUUGAGUUUGAUGCAAAGUCAACAGCGAAAGAAGAAGAUGCUUUUCAUUUUGUCAGCUACGUUCCCGUAAACGGAAGGUUAUAUGAACUAGAUGGUCUGCGGGAAGGACCAAUAGAUUUGGGAGUAUGCAAUCAAGAUGAUUGGAUCAGCGCUGUAAGGCCAGUCAUAGAGAAGCGAAUACAAAAGUACAGUGAAGGUGAAAUAAGGUUUAACUUGAUGGCAAUUGUAUCUGACAGAAAAAUGAUAUAUGAACAGAAAAUUGUGGAAUUGCAGGCACAACUUGCGGAGGAAGAGCCCAUGGAUACAGACCAGAGCAGUAAUAUACUAAGUUCUAUUCAGUCAGAAGUUGCAAAGUAUCAGAUGUUAAUUGAAGAAGAAAACCAAAAAUUAAAAAGGUACAAGGGGGCUGUGCAAGCUGAUCCCUUCACCAAGAUAGAAAACAUUAGAAGAAAACAUAAUUACCUGCCAUUUAUCAUGGAAUUACUAAAGACUUUAGCCGAACACCAGCAAUUAAUUCCACUUGUAGAAAAGGCAAAAGAAAAACAGAAUGCCAAGAAAGCUCAAGAGGCCAAAUGAAAAUUGAUGUCUCUUUUUUUCUUUUUCUUUUUGUGUGUUCUUUUUCUUUUUGGAGGGGUGAGGAUGAUGAAUAUCUUUGUCUUCAUGAAAGUAACCCAGAAAGAUACCUUGUAAAGUUUAAAUUUGUCCAACGCAUGUUUGCCAAUUUGUAACAGUUUGUCCUGUCCCAUUUGCACGGGGUCUAUGAAUUUUCCCUUUCUCCCCUGCAUCAUGUGCAUGUAACUGCCUCUUGGUAAUGGUUUUAGAGUCUCUGUCAAAUUCCAGUACUCAACAGGAUAUGUGACUGAUUCUUCAUAUUUAAUCAGGAAAUGCUGCUGAAAUGUGUAUAGACCCGAAUUUGUGCAACUGGUGUAGAACUUUUUAUUGUAAUGAACAUAUUUAAAUAUCUUGUCUCACAGUGAAACCUGGGUAUAUAGUUAUGUGAAGAAAGGUUGACUUAUUUUUACAAAUAAGUUGAGCCAUCUUUGCUUGUCACCGCUAGCUGUCUUGGUCUCUGAGUCUUUCAGUGGCUUGCCUGUGUUCUUGUUUAUAUGGAGUUGUGUCUAACUUUUCUACAGAGUUGGAAGAAAACAAAAUAAUGAAAUAGCAGAAUCAUUUACAAACACCAUUGAAGAAGCUUAAAGGUUUAUUGCUUUUAGUAGAAAAAUAAAUAUUCCCAUUUUUAUUUUGGCAAA